AGGAUAUGCGCUUGGGCGUCGGGACGCGGCUGCGCUCAGCUCUCUCCUCUCGGAAGCUGCAGCCAUGAUGGAAGUUUGAGAGUUGAGCCGCUGUGAGGCCAGGCCCGGCGCAGGCGAGGGAGAUGAGAGACGGCGGCGGCCGCGGCCCAGAGCCCCUCUCAGCGCCUGUGAGCAGCCGCGGGGGCAGCGCCCUCGGGGAGCCGGCCGGGCGGCGGCGGCGGCAGCGGCGGCGGGCCUCGCCUCCUCGUCGUCUGUUCUAACCGGGCAGCCUCUGAGCAGCUUCGGAAAGAGACGGUGGAAGCCGUGGGCUCGGGCGGGAGCCGGCGCAGGCUCGGCGGCUGCACCUCCCGCUCCUGGAGCGGGGGGGAGAAGCGGCGGCGGCGGCCGCGGCUCCGGGGAGGGGGUCGGAGUCGCCUGUCACCAUUGCCAGGGCUGGGAACGCCGGAGAGUUGCUCUCUCCCCUUCUCCUGCCUCCAACACGGCGGCGGCGGCGGCGGCACGUCCAGGGACCCGGGCCGGUGUUAAGCCUCCCGUCCGCCGCCGCCGCACCCCCCCUGGCCCGGGCUCCGGAGGCCGCCGGAGGAGGCAGCCGCUGCGAGGAUUAUCCGUCUUCUCCCCAUUCCGCUGCUUCGGCUGCCAGGCCUCUGGCUGCUGAGGAGAAGCAGGCCCAGUCGCUGCAACCAUCCAGCAGCCGCCGCAGCAGCCAUUACCCGGCUGCGGUCCAGGGCCAAGCGGCAGCAGAGCGAGGGGCAUCAGCGACCGCCAAGUCCAGAGCCAUUUCCAUCCUGCAGAAGAAGCCUCGCCACCAGCAGCUUCUGCCAUCUCUCUCCUCCUUUUUCUUCAGCCACAGGCUCCCAGACAUGACAGCCAUCAUCAAAGAGAUCGUUAGCAGAAACAAAAGGAGAUAUCAAGAGGAUGGAUUCGACUUAGACUUGACCUAUAUUUAUCCAAAUAUUAUUGCUAUGGGAUUUCCUGCAGAAAGACUUGAAGGUGUAUACAGGAACAAUAUUGAUGAUGUAGUAAGGUUUUUGGAUUCAAAGCAUAAAAACCAUUACAAGAUAUACAAUCUAUGUGCUGAGAGACAUUAUGACACCGCCAAAUUUAACUGCAGAGUUGCACAGUAUCCUUUUGAAGACCAUAACCCACCACAGCUAGAACUUAUCAAACCCUUUUGUGAAGAUCUUGACCAAUGGCUAAGUGAAGACGACAAUCAUGUUGCAGCAAUUCACUGUAAAGCUGGGAAAGGACGGACUGGUGUAAUGAUUUGUGCAUAUUUAUUGCAUCGGGGCAAGUUUUUAAAGGCACAAGAGGCCCUGGAUUUUUAUGGGGAAGUAAGGACCAGAGAUAAAAAGGGAGUAACUAUUCCCAGUCAGAGGCGCUAUGUAUAUUAUUAUAGCUACCUGUUAAAGAAUCACCUGGAUUACAGACCAGUGGCACUGUUGUUUCACAAGAUGAUGUUUGAAACUAUUCCAAUGUUCAGUGGCGGAACUUGCAAUCCCCAGUUUGUGGUCUGCCAGCUAAAGGUGAAGAUCUACUCCUCCAACUCAGGACCCACGCGGCGGGAGGACAAGCUCAUGUACUUUGAGUUCCCUCAGCCAUUGCCUGUGUGUGGUGACAUCAAAGUAGAGUUCUUCCACAAACAGAACAAGAUGCUCAAAAAGGACAAAAUGUUUCACUUUUGGGUAAAUACGUUCUUCAUACCAGGACCAGAGGAAACCUCAGAAAAAGUGGAAAAUGGAAGUCUUUGUGAUCAGGAAAUCGAUAGCAUUUGUAGUAUAGAGCGUGCGGAUAAUGACAAGGAGUAUCUUGUGCUCACCCUGACAAAAAAUGAUCUUGACAAAGCAAACAAAGACAAGGCCAACCGAUACUUCUCUCCAAAUUUUAAGGUGAAAUUAUACUUUACAAAAACAGUAGAGGAACCAUCAAAUCCAGAGGCUAGCAGUUCAACUUCUGUGACUCCAGACGUUAGUGACAAUGAACCUGAUCAUUAUAGAUAUUCUGACACCACUGACUCUGAUCCAGAGAAUGAACCUUUUGAUGAAGAUCAGCAUUCACAAAUUACAAAAGUCUGAUUUUUUUUUUCUUAUCAAGAGGGAUAAAAUACCAAGAAAAAAAACUUGAAUAAACUGAAAUGGACCUUUUUUUUUUUUUUUUUAAUGGCAAUAGGACAUUGUGUCAGAUUGCAGUUAUAGGAACAAUUCUCUUCUCCUGACCAAUCUUGUUUCACCCUAUACAUCCACAGGGUUUUGACACUUGUUGUCCAGUUAAAAAAGGUUGUGUAGCUGUGUCAUGUAUAUACCUUUUUGUGUCAAAAGGACAUUUAAAAUUCAAUUAGGAUAAAUAAAAGAUGGCACUUUCCCAUUUUAUUCCAGUUUUAUAAAACGUGGA